AUGCUGAGAGUACAAGAGGAGAAAGUCAUUUUUAAUGUAUUUGAAGCUAUCAAACAUCCAAGUGAUGAUAUGAGCUGCAUGAAGAUUGAUGUAAUAGAUGCUAUGAUACCACCUUCUUUGGAAAAAAAUUAUGAAAGUGCAGUCUUGGAAAGCACAUUAGCUGCAGCAAAAUGUAGUAUUUAUGAAGAGCAAGAUGAGGAAGUGAAAGACUGCAUUCUGCAAUUAGAUUCCUUUCCCUGUAUGAACAAUGAAAUAAACCAACUUAAGGAAGAACUACAUCAAGAAGAAGAGAAGAAAGAUGAGUCAAAGGUGGAGCUCAAGCAAUUACCCUCUCAUUUGAGGUACGUGUUUCUUGAAGAGGGCCAUAACAAACCUAUAAUAAUAAACAGCAAUCUGCAGAAAGACCAAGAAGAAAAGCUCUUGAGAGUGUUAAGAAAGCACAAAUCUGCACUAGGAUGGCAGAUUUCAGAUUUGAAAGGUAUAGAUCCCUUUUUCUGCAUGCAUAUAAUUUUAUUUGAAGGGAAUUGCAAGCCUGUUGUCCAACCUCAAAGAAGACUUAAUCCAACUAUGAAGGAGGUAGUGAGGCAAGAGGUGAUGAAAUUACUAGAUGUAAAAGUUAUUUAUCCAAUUUCAGAUAGUUCAUGGGUGAGUUUGGUUCAUGUGGUGCCUAAGAAAGGAGGUAUAACUGUUGUUCCAAAUGAAAAAAAUGAAUUAAUACCUACUAGGACAGUAACCGGAUGGCGAAUGUGCAUAGAUUAUAGGAAGUUGAAUGAUGCAUCAAGGAAAGAUCAUUUUCCUCUUCCAUUUGCUGACCAAAUGCUGGAGAGAUUGGCUAGAUUUGACUAUUAUUGUUUCUUAGAUGGAUAUUCUGGUUACAACCAGAUUGCAGUUGACCCAAGAGACCAAGAAAACACAACAUUCACUUGUCCUUUUGGAGUUUUUGCAUAUUGA